CUAUAGAGAUGGAACGCAGAGUGCUACCGGCUGGGAGAAUACCGAGGGGCCUCCUAGGGCUGGCUGUGGGGGCUGGGCUGUGUUAUUGUGCUUACACAGCCAUAGCCGCUAAAGGCAGGAAGAAGAAGGAGCACGUGACAAGGGGACGUUUACUGGAGAAAGUGUCAAACAUGCCUGUAGUAGAGAGAGUUCUUUCAAGAGGUGCAGUCCAGAUGGAACACAUCCCUACAUCAGCAAGUAACCUGGAACCACGCCAUCUGAAAGCACUGCUUGAAAUGCUGGCAAGCGAUGAUAUUGAUCCUUCAGUUCAAGAGCAGGUCUUAGUUACACUCUGUAACAGUGCAGCUUUCUCAGCUAAUCAUGAUAUCAUUCGUAAUUUGGAUGGCAUUAAGACAAUCAGCAGAUUCCUUUCACAUCCAAGUCCAAAAAUAAAGGCAAAAGCGUUGAAUGCUCUGAACAAUUUAAGUAUGAACUUGCAAAAUCAGCAACAGAUAAAGGACUUCCUCCGUGAUGUUUGCAAUGAUAUUACAUCAUCGUCAUUGAAUUCUGAAGUCCAGCAGGCUGGUUUAAGACUAGCAAUUAAUAUGUCAGUCACCGAUAACUAUCAUGACUACCUGGCAGAUUACAUCCCCUACUUUUUCAGUAUCCUGGUGGAUGGAGAUGAAACUACCCAGAUUCAUACUGUGAAGGUUCUUGUGAAUUUAUCAGCAAACCCUUCAAUGACCACAAUUCUCUUAUCUAGCAAGGUACCAUCAUCACUGACCAAUCUCUUUGGCAGCAACACUAAAAGGGACAUUCUUAUCAGAGCUCUGACAUUUGCAGCAAAUCUUUCAGAGAACUUGGACAGACAACAGCAUAGUAAUGGAUACUGUCAUUAUGAAGAUUACUCAUUAUAUUCCCUUCUCUUCAGAGACCAGACAGUGUUCCAGGAAAAUCUGGUAGCAUUAUUACAAUAUCCAGAUAAAGACAUCAAAGAACUUGCGGCUAGACUUGUAUCCCCUCAAAAAUGGAAUUAA